AUGCUCUCCAAUGCCAUUAUAGUGCUCCUAGGACUCACGAUUCUUGAUGGCGUGGGAUGCCUACCCAUUUUGAAUUCCAUCGAAUCAGGAAACACAAUCACAAUCAGCCUUCGAGAUGGUGCGCCUCUCGAUACAUCCUCAGUUCUUGUUAAUUCCCUUAAGGGUACUGUGGGUCCCGUUGUGAUGGAUAGACUUGACGACUUACCCCUCAUUAAGAAUAGACAUGGAAACAAUGGUCUCGGUAAUCCAAGUUCUCCUGCGACUCUCGAUGAUGAUGUUGAAGAUACAACAAUCGGGAAAAGAGACACGCCUAGUCUUAUAGGAGCACGUGAUAAAACAUCUGCAUCGCCGCUCGUCACACAUUCGGAGGAGAGAGAAUUUGAAGAUCACAUUCGAGCAGAAAAUGCUUUUCCUCCUGCUACUCUCGAGGAACAAGACCCUGAAAUUACAGGUGAUUUGUCGAGCCUAAUAGUAGCUCCACUACAGGUUGUUGAUUCCAUCACGAGAAGGUCAGAAAUACUUAAUCCUUCAGAACUUUUAAAUGGCGUCAUUCCAUACGUUCAAGGCAUUACCGAUACCACAGAAACGGAAGUUGCUGAGAUACUCGCAGCGGCUCGAGAGAUAAUUGGUUCAGUUGGGGAUGUCUAA